AUGCAGGUGUACCAGGCCCUGCUGGACCAGGCCCUCGCCGCCAGCUUCCGACCGCCUGCCGCCGAGGUGGUGGCCAUCGUGUGCUGCAUGGUGGCCGACCUCUUGCUGGCGCCGCCGUCUCCCUCGCACCUGGCGUGCAACGCCUUCCACGAGGACGUCUGA